AUACCAAUUCAUACCCAAUACCCAAUAACAUUAACUAAUCUCGAUUAUAAACUUAUAAUGGCUGCAUUCAGAUUUUGGGUUUGCCUUAUUAUCUUACUUGUUUCGUUCACGGGCUCCAUAGCUCGGCCUCUACCGCCGAUUAGUACAUUGCCGACUAAUACAAUGGCGAUGCAAGGCUCUGUAAAACUAAAACACAGCAGCACUAGUACAUUGCCGCCGGUCAAGGAUAAAGAUGAUAUGAUUGGACAGGUGAAAGAAAUGUUCAAGGGGAGAAUGCAAAGAGAAGAUGUUAUCAGAAGUUACUAUGUUUCAGAUAGGGUUAGUCCUGGAGGCCCUGAUCCCCACCAUCAUUAGUUUCAGCUUCAGGUUCAGCUUCUUUUAUGCGUUCGUUCCAAUCAACGGCUGACCAUUGAUCAUUUUCAUGCUUUCUAUUCUUAGUAUGCCAACACAACCUUACUCUUUUUCUUAUCAAAGAGUGUUUUUGCAAAACAAGGUUGUGGUUUAUUGGCAAUUAUUGGUUUAUACACCCGGGUGCACAGUGAGCAUUGUGUAAUCCGUGUAAAACGACGUAGUUUUAAGUGUUAUUCACUUUUCAAUUAAUUAUAAAAAAUAAAAUAAUUGUAGAUAUUCCUUGUACUUAGCGUGGAAGUUGGAUAACAAUCUUUUUUUUUUGGUUAAAAUAUUUUGGCAGAAGUUAUAUAAAAAAUAAUAAAUACGGUUAUUAGUAUUAAA